AGUCAGACUCAGAACGAUGUCCGACCCCACAGUAACCGCUUACCUAACCAAGCUGCUCUGCUCCAAUGAGGGGCGGCUACUCCGGACCCGGCUGUGCGAGCUCCUGGACCUGUCUGUAGAGCAGAUAGACCAGAUUCUGCGGGAAGGGGCGCAUUGCUUUCUGGUUCUGUCCGGGGAUCUAGUGGUGGCCCGAAACCCAAUAAGAAUCUGCCCGGAGUACAUAAGGGAGCAGCCGGAGGCGUAUGAAUGCGAGAAGCUGCACCUGUGCCGUUUAUUUAUUUUGGGGGGUUGUUGGGAUUCACGCGGGGGGGGGGCUCCAUGCAAAUUCUCACAUGAUAUCCACUCAGAACAUAAUAGUGCUGUGUUAAAAAAUAAUGAGAUCAAUGGGCUGAAUGAGCAAGAAUUAAAAAUACUCCUGUUGCAAAAUGACCACUCAUUGAUGCCUGGGGUUUGUAUGAAGUAUCUGCAUGAUACAUGCAAGAGCGGGAAUGAUUGCAGUAGGCUCCAUGUCUGUGGUUACUUUCUGAAGGGAGAAUGUACCAGCCAUGCCUGUAAGAAGUCUCACAAUCUUCUUGAGUCAAAAACAAAUCUUUUGCUUAUAAAGUACGGCCAGACAAAUGUCUCCAUCCAGAACUUCCAUUUGCUCUGCACAGUCAAAUACAAUGAGGGUCUCCAAUUGCAGCGAGAGGCAAGAAGUGGGCCAAAGAGAGGAGCCAAUGAAAACACAAGGGAAAGAGGACGGAGCACAUCUAGAAAUAGAAAUGAUUUAGGAGUUGCAGCUCAGAAUAAGCCAAAUAACAGGAGAAGGAAUAGGAAAAACAGAGGACCAGGACAUUCUUCAACUAGGGGACCCAGCAGUCAAAGGACGGUAGCUACUGAGAGAAAGAAAUGUACAACUUCUGAAAGUGAGCAGGACGAAAAUAAUGAUAGCGAUGAAGAAAGCUGUGAUCAGAACAUACCAGGAAAAUUAUUAAAUGUAAAAUCUGCAGAAAAUUAUGGACAACCCAAAGUAAUUGUUUCCGUUGAAGCCGGACUGCGAGUUCCUGGGAAUGCAGUGCCACCUCCUACGUCAAUAACAUCUUUAUACACUGACAGCUCAUCUACAUGUAUCAAACCUGUGGCAUCUACAAAAUAUAAUACACCAGUGAAAACAACAGUACCUACAAAAUCUGACACAUCAGAGAAAACAAUGGUAUUUAACAACUUUACCACACAAGCAGAAACAAUAUUUACUAAACCUGACAAACCGGUGAAUACUCCCACAAUUUACCCACUGAAAUCUUAUGCAUCAAAACCUUCAGGUGAUAUAUCAACGCCAUGCCCAUCCAGUGACCAGGAAAAUGCUUUUAUUAAAUCAGGUAUACAGAUGAAUGAAAAUACUCAAAGACUUUGCAGAUUACCUCAAACAAUAAAGGAAGAUACGCCAGGACAAGUUUCCACUACAACACUAUUCAGUUCCCAGAAAAGCACGUUGGCACCUUAUACACCCAUACAUUUUCCCAUCAGAAAUUUGCCCACUACUGAACACUAUAGUAGUUUUGCAGGGUCACAUAACCCAGUGAAUAUGCCUGCUACACCAUUAAUUUCCCAGAAAAGCACUUUGGCACCUUAUACACCCAUCAAUUUUCCCAUCAGAAAUGUGCCCACUACUGAACACUGUAGUAGUUUUGCAGGGUCACAAAACCCAGUGAAUGCGCCUGUUACACCAUUUAUUUCCCAGAAAAACACUUUGGCACCUUAUACACCCAUCAAUUUUCCCAUCAGAAAUGUGCCCACUACUGAACACUAUAGUAGAUUUGCAGGGUCACAUAACCCAGUGAAUACGCCUGCUACACCAUUAAUGUCCCCAUUAAUGUCCGAGAAAAGCACUUUGACACCUUAUACACCGAUACAUUGUCCCGUCAGAAAUUUGCCCACUACUGAACACUGUAGUAGCUUUGCAGGGUCACAUAACCCAGUGAAUACACCUGCUACAGUUUUUAUCGGCACCCCACUGAUUACACCUUUCAGAUCAGAUGAUCCAGUGAAUAAGCUCACAGUUACUGGCCAGCCAAGUCAAAGCUCUUACAAUGUAACCUCUAUAAAAACUGGAACCAACAUGUCUAGAACAGAAUCGCUAGUAAAUGACACAUAUGGAAUAACUGCAGACAACGGUUAUCGUUAUCCUCAAUUGCACAAUGAAUUUAAAAUGGAUUUUCCCCCUACAACUGGUUUAGUCAACCUUUCCCUAAACGAAACAUCCAGUGCUGUAAAUUAUACAACUAAGCCCACUCAGUCAGUGAGUCAGAAUGAAGUCAAACAUCCCCUAAACGAAAUAUCCAGUGCUCUAAAUUAUACACCUAAGCCUACUCAGUUAAGCCAGAAUGAUGUUCUUUUUAAGAAGCCUGAAGUUGGUAAAGUUUCGGAAGUUAAUGAGAUCUGUCUCUUCAACAUCUGGGAAUACUGCAAAUUCGGCCCUGAUAUGCCCAUGAGAAUAUGCGUCUGCCUCAGUGGCGUCACAAGGGUUGGUGUCACCCGGUGCGUUAAGUGUGGAGCAAAGCACUAUCACCUUCCCUAUUGCUGGCAGUACUUUGAUGGCACCAGAUGGAAAGACAUGCUAGAUAUGGACCAUAUUGAGAAAGCGUACUGUGAUCCCAACGUGGACAGAAUUCCUUUGGUUGAUUUUCAGAUAAUGAAAAGUGGUACAAGCACAGUACGGCGCCUGUCCACUCCAUCUUCCGUCACAAAACCUCUUGAAUUUGUUCUGACCACUGAGUGGAUCUGGUACUGGAAAGAAGAAACAGGAUCAUGGAUCGAAUAUGGGAAAUUGAAUGGAAAGGAGCAGAUUGCUUCAAUAUCGUCAGCUGUCUUGGAAAACAUCUACCUUACUGAUCCCAAAGAAGUGGCUCCAUUUGAAUCUGGGCAGCAGAAAUAUGAAAUUAGUUUUAAAGAUAUGAUGCAGAGAAACCUUACGUUUGGGACACAGAGGGAGGUUCGCAGAAGACCACGAUAUCUUGCUCCAGACAAUGUGAGCAAACUCAGAGGAAGCACAAAGAAAACCCAGGUCAGCUCACCUCUAAAAACUGGAGUCUACCCCACAACCUGGGACACUAACGCACUGCCAGAGUUAGGAUGUCAGCUGAUUGAUGUCUCUUCAACUUCCUCUGAAUACACGGAGAUCCACAAAAUGUUCUCCAAGACCUUGUCCAAUCAAGUAGUAAAGAAUAUCAAGCGCAUACAGAACCCAUCUCUUUGGCAAGUUUUCCAGUGGCAAAAGGAACAAAUGAAGAAAAUAAACAAGGGGAGAGAUGCUGUUGAGUGCCAGCUGUUUCAUGGGACAGAUCAUUCCCACCUUAGCACCAUUUGCCAUCAUAACUUUGACUGGCGUAUUUGUGGGACACAUGGAACGUUAUAUGGUCAAGGUAGUUACUUUGCCAGAGAUGCUUCUUACUCCCAUAGCUACUCAUCCCCGGAUAGCAGAGGCAGAAGAUCUAUGUUUGUGGCCCGAGUUUUAGUGGGAGACUUUGUUAUUGGGAAUUCCACACUGAAUCGCCCACCCUACAAAUGUGGCAGCACUACCCACAGUUAUGAUAGCUGUGUGGACCAACUGGUCAAUCCUACCAUCUUUGUAGUGUUUGAAAAGCACCAGAUUUACCCAGAAUAUAUUCUGGAGUAUGAAGAAGCGAAGAAAUCGUGCUGCGUUAGCUGAAGGAAGGAAUGGGAAAUGGAACUCCAGGGCCCACACUACUGGUUGGUUGAAGACCAAUCCAACCUGUAUCAGAAAAUUAGUCAGAUCAUAGUUUUGACUCUACAAGAACGAAUAUAAACGAUUUUAUUUAA